UUCAAUAACAAAAGAAACUAUCGUUAAAUAUUCUUCAGUGGUUCUAUUUGAAACUCAUAUUCCCGCUUUUCCACAAGCUUCUUCACUUAUUUCGUUGUUAUUUUUUCCUAAUCCCCUUGGAAAACAACUUUUUUUAAAAAUGACUGAUAAAGUGUGCGGGUGUAAUGUUGUAACAUCUGCUGGAGUUGUAACCAGUCUUCAGCUCAUUGUUCUUGUGCUGACCCUUUCAAGUACUGGUCUUAUUCUUGAUCGUUAUCGAACAUGGCAGACUGUGUAUCCCAGAACUCCUUAUAAUGCAACAGCACAGGCAGCUGCGAAUGGUACUCUAAAAUUCAACGCAACCAUCUGGAGUGAGUCUUGGGUAGAGCUCGGCAUGGCUUGGUAUGUCGGAUUCGGAUCAUUUUGGCUUUUUUCAAUUCUCAUCCUUGUCUUGUCAUUCAAAUAUUAUCGUCCUGUGUUUGUGGUGCCAAACUUCACGGCUCUCGUCGUCGGAAUAUUCAUGAAUCUUCUGGCAUUUGGAGUUCUUCUCGCGCGGAUAUUGGUUGUUUCAAAGGAUUAUAGGACUGAUGAGUAUGAGGAAACAAUCAUUAUUUAUGUGAUGGGACUGUGCCUUUUUGCAUGUAUAUGCUGUCUUCUCUUCAUCAUAUUCAUUUCUAAAUAUCACACUUUUCUCCGGAAUCGUUACGGUCAUCAAGUUCCAAAAUUCAUACAAUCUCGUGCGAGGACAGGGUAUCAUGAUGAAGCGUAUUAAUUGUGUGAUUUUUUUCAACAUUUGCAGGAAUUCAUAAAUUUCUUUGAACAUGUGACAUUUUAAUCUUUCAUAAAUAAAACGAGAAAA